CAAAUCACCCUCCAGCCGUCCUCCGCAAUGUUCGCUCGUUCGACCCUCUUCGUCGCCGCCGCCGCGCUCUUCGCCGUCGCCUCCGCCGACCAGUGCAACACCGGCUCUAUCCAGUGCUGCAACUCCGUCCAGGAGAGUCACUCCGACGUCGUCUCUACGCUCGUGAGCCUUCUCGGCAUCGACCUCAGCGGCGUCACCGGCCAAGUCGGCAUGAACUGCAGCCCCAUCUCCGGCGUCGGCGUGGGUGGCAACAGCUGCAACGCUGCUCCCGUUUGCUGCGAGAACAACAGCUUCAACGGCCUGAUCGCCCUUGGCUGCAUUCCCAUCAACGUUUCGCUUUGA